AGACUACACUUUCUUUCCCUUCUCCUUGUAGUUUCCUUCCCUUCGUAAGACCAUCUUAAUUUUCACAGUAUAAAAAUGGGAGAUAGGCUGCGUUUGGCAGUUGGAAUGAUGGGCAAUGCAGCUUCAUUGUUACUUUACGCUGCGCCUGUACUAACAUUCUUCAGGGUGAUAAGGAAGAAAAGCAUCGAAAAAUUCUCUUGCGUUCCUUACAUCUGUGCACUUUCAAACUGUCUGCUUUACACUUGGUAUGGAUUGCCAGUGGUAAGCUGCAAAUGGGAAAAUUUUCCUCUCGUCACUAUCAAUGGUCUAGGCAUUCUCCUCGAGUCUUCUUUCAUUAUCAUAUAUUUAGUAUUCGCUGAAACCAGAGGGAAGAUAAAAGUGGGUGUUACUCUGCUACUAGUCCUCCUUAUUGUCUCCAUAACCGCAGGUGUGUCGUCUUUUGCACUGCGUGAUCACCAUAGUCGCAAGGUAUUAACUGGGAGUGUUAGUCUGGUAGGCUCUGUGGGAAUGUAUGGUUCUCCCUUGGUGGUUAUGAAGCAAGUAAUACAAACUAAGAGUGUGGAAUUCAUGCCGUUCUAUUUAUCAUUUUUCUCAUUCCUCUCGAGUUCUCUUUGGCUGGUUUAUGGACUACUAGGCCGUGAUCUCUUUGUAGCGGUUUGUAUGAUCAAUCCAUGUCAUUUAACCUUCAUUUUGCUGUAAAACAGCAUCCAAAAACUCACGUAAUGCAAUUAUGAAAUCUUAAUUUUUUUUGAGUUUUGCAGUCUCCUAAUUUCCUGGGCACCCCAUUAGGCAUCCUCCAGCUUUUGCUAUACUGCAAGUAUAGAAAAAGGAGUGUCAUGGAAGUACCGCAAAAAUGUGAUUUAGAAAAGAAUGAAGUAAAUUCCAAGCAGUUGCAACUGGUGGUUGAUGAAGAGUUGAAGAAUUAGCAGCGGCUAGGAGGAUUUAACGAUGGCAAUCCUUUUGGGUAUGGAGGAAUAAUAUCUCCAUAUAGAUCUCGAGUUGAUUUCUAUUGGUUUUUAAUGUAGGCAUGGUUUGAUUUCGAUCUUCA